UGCAAGCUGCGUCCAUAGUUUCAGGAGGAAGGCUCCGGCUGCUGUUAGGAGGAUCCGAACCCCGAAGAUGGCAGGUACAGCCAGACAUGAUCGAGAGAUGGCCAUGCAGGCCAAGAAGAACCUGACUACUUGCGCAGAUCCGUUGGAAAAACUGAGAUUACAGUGUCUGUCCAGGGGCUCCGCUGGGAUCAAGGGCUUAGGAAGGGUAUUUAAGAUCAUGGAUGAUGAUAACAGCAGGUGUCUGGAUUUCAAAGAGUUUCUGAAGGGCCUGAAUGACUAUGGAGUGAUGAUAGACAAAGAGGAAGCUCAACAGCUUUACGGCAAAUUUGACAGAGACGGUAGCGGAUCGAUAGACUUUGAUGAAUUCCUCGUCACGUUAAGGCCGCCGAUGUCCAAUGCCAGGAAAGAGAUCAUCUUGCAGGCGUUUAGGAAGCUCGACAAAAGCGGAGAUGGCGUUGUAACGAUUGAGGAUUUACGCGGAGUGUAUAACGCAAAAUACCAUCCAAAGUACCAGAACGGGGAGUGGACAGAAGAUCAGGUCUUCAGGAGCUUUCUAGAUAAUUUUGAUUCUCCGUACGAUAAAGAUGGACAGGUGACUCCGGACGAAUUCACAAACUACUAUGCCGGAGUUAGCGCGUCAAUCGAUACCGAUGUAUACUUUAUCACCAUGAUGAAGAACGCCUGGCGACUCUAAGUGUUACAAAAGAUGAAUUCCUGAACUAUUAUUCUGGAGUCAGCGCCUCAAUCGACAGCGACGUCUACUUUGUACUGAUGAUGAAGA